AAACGUGUUUAGAUCACAUUCUUCAAGAUGAUGAUGAUGAUAUUGAGUCGCCAUAUGGCAACUUACAUCUAGAAGAAAUAUCUAUUCGUUCAGAUGAGAAAAAUAAUAGUGAUGAUAGCCAUUCAUCAAAAGAUGAUAAUGAUAAUGAUGACAAUAAUAUAUCUGAAUCCUUAUCAUCAUCAAUAUCAUUCAAUCAAUUUAACAUCAAUAAUGAUGUGGAUAAUGAUGAGGAUAAUGAUGAUAAUAAUGAGAAAGAAUAUUAUAAUGAUGACAAUAAUGAACUUUCUAGUUCUCGUGAACUACCAACAAUUUCAACAGCAACAUCUCCAUUUCUAUGUGAUCCUUAUGAGUCUUAUGAUUGGGAAUGUUGA